AUGGCGGCCGCGCUGGCGGUGAAGGUGCGCAUGGCCUUCGAAGAGCUGUCGCUGAGCAGUGACGGACUGGUGCCCUGGAGUCGUUUGGAGGAGCUCUUCUUAAAGUUGGAGGUAAAGCCCAAGGCUAUCCAACUGUGUCGGCAUUUGGUCGACGCUGAAGGGCUUGUGGACAGCGCAGAGCUGUUCCGGUGGCUCUACGACGGAGAGGAUGUGAGCCCUUACCAUGAGGGCCGUCGUCUCCAUGAACGGGUGCCGCCCUGUCGCUGGUGCAUCAGCCGCUGCGACUUCCAGGACUUUGUGGCUGAGGUCGUGGAGACCCACCGCGCGGGCAGGAUCCUGAACCAGCCGAACCCACGCACCAAGGAGCCCAACCCUUUCCAUGAUGACGAGCAUGUGGGGCCCAACAUGCACGCCGUGAACGAAGCAGUGAUCCGACCCAGGACCGCCCGUGCCGGUGGCAUGUCAUGGGCGUUGAUGUUGAGCCCCGAAGGCCUCUCCGGAGAGUUCUUCUUCGUCACUCACUCCUGGAAGGAAGGCGUCUACGAGUUCAGCCGCAAGGUCUUGAACCAUUGGCAAGAUGAAGCGCUCUCCAUGUGGUGCUGCUUUUUGGCCAAUCCACAAACCUGGCAGCGCGAGGACCUAAAUCAGCUGUUGGGUCAAUCCUUCGACCUCAUGGACUCUCCGUUUAUGCAGGCACUGUCCUCCCAGCAGUUGCACUCCUUCGUGGUGGUGCCCAACGUCACCGAGAGCCUCUACUGCCGCCUUUGGUGCGUGGCUGAGCUGUGGAAGGCGAUGGAGGUCCAGAAGCUGCGGGGAGAUGGUCGGAUGAUCCAAGUGGCCAAGGACAAUGUGAAGGAUUCUCACAAGGUCCGUCCCACUGAGAUCGCCACGCUGAUCCACGGAGCCACGUGCUCCGAUGUCAACGAUGAGAAACGGAUUCGAGCCUACAUCGCGGGCAAGGAACAACACAUCCAGGAGAUGAUCAAAGACUUGGCCGGGAUGAAGAAGUCCAAAAAGACCCACCACAGUCUCUCGCACGAGCAGGAGCGCCGCAAGACGGAAGAGGAGCUCUCCGCUCGCGGCGGCGGAGCACCAAGAACGCCAUGCCACAAGUGA